CCCUUCUAGGAAGCCUCUCGCUGCGAUGUCUGCAAAUGCAGCUUCUCCACCUUCCGCCGGCUGGUAAUUCUCAGUUCUUAUGUCAAAAUCAGCCGAAGUUACUUCGAUUAUGUUCCUUCCUCUAUCACUCCAUUUUCAAUUUCACCUAUUUCAUACGAGGAUUUGGCUUGAGGUUCAAUUUCAUUUGAAAUUGAUUCAGACAUCAGUUGAGAGCUUGGGCUUUUAGUCGUUGAGCUGUCUAACAAGGUGAGAAUCCCGGAGCCUCUGAGGAUUCUUCAGCUUCAAUUCCGGCUACCAAUAUUAGAACAAAGAAGCUCUUUGUCACCGCUUAAGGAUUCAAAGAUACCAAAGGUAGAAGCAUUUAAAGUUUCGGGAAAAAAGCUGCAAUAAUUUCCUCUUGAGACAGGUCAAGCUAUGAAUGCACCAUUUAACAAAGGAAUGAGCCACAAAAAUAGAAGAUUUACAACACCUCGUUUGUCAAAGAAAUUGCAUGAACAUGGAAAAAAAUAUGCUGGAAAUAACAAGUUAACAACUCCAUCAAUUUCUCAAGGCAGAACAGAGCAAGAACCUGAGGCCACAUUCAAUUAUUCAAUGAACAGAGACAACACAUCACACUCUCUGAUUGUGCAUUAUAAAGAUUGUGAAUUCCAUGAAAAUGGUUUCAAUGAAGAUAGUUCAUUCUUGGAUAUCUUGAGCAUCUGUAAGAAGUUCAUUGAUAUAUAUUCUGUUGGUAUCAAAAUCAGUGAUGGAGAUGCUAGACCCUUAAAGAGUGAUAGAGAUGUUUUGGCUAUGCUGAUACGACAUGAGGAUGUUCCUUGCAUCAAUGUUCAUAUAUAUGAGGAUCCUACUGUUGCGCCAUUAAGUUUCAAGCUGCCACAAGACAAUCCAAUGCUUGGUUCGCAAGUCUCGUCAAAUCUUAGAGUAACAAAUGUUAAAAUAGUGGGUGAUCUCAAGGCAAAUAAAAAGGUCAAGGUAACUGGGACUAUUGUUGGAGGGAUUGAAGAUGAAAGCAUGGUGGACUUGUUCAUUACCAUUUCUAAAAGCUUUGAUGCACAGAAAGAUCUUGAGCUUAUUGGUCAUUCUAGGAACAAUAAGGAGUUUCAAUUGCCCUCAAAAGCAGUUGGUCAUUAUGUGGUCGCGAAAUAUUCUCCUAUGAAUGAAGAUGGCAAAUAUGGUGAACCAGUGUUUGUUGUGUCAGACAGAACUGUUGAGAAUCCAUCCCCUCAAAAGGAAAAAAAAGUUAGAGGAGGGAACAAGAAUAGAAAAGUUGCAUCUUUGAGAAGUGGUGAAAAGCUAGAAGUUAUAUUCUUUAAUAAUCGUCCAGUCAAUAAAAAUCAUGAGGCUUGGUCAAGACAUCUUGGGAAAAUUGUGCGUGACAGCAACAUUUGCCCCGUGAGAGUGCAAUCAUGGAAGGAGAUCGGAAAUGCAGAAAAACAACAUAUGUGGGAGGCUGUUAAGGAAUGUUUCUCAAAUCCAAAUAUUGAGUUAUAUCGUGAGCAUACGUUGGAGCAUAUGAGUGUUUUGUGGGGAGCUUGGAGAUCAAAGUUGUAUGCAGAUCACGUGAAACCUUACAAAAACAAGAUCAAUGCUUUAAAAAAGGUUCCACGUGGGAUGAAUGAUAAAGAUUGGGAAUGGCUCGUAACUAACAAGUUUCUAACUAAAGAGUUUCAGGAUAUCAGUGAGCGAAAUUCUAAGAAUCGAUCAAAAUCUGAUUUGUUUAUGCCUCAUCUUACUGGGAGCAGACCACAUAGAGAUAUCAUUUAUGACAAGGGAGGUAAAAAUUCUGAAAUGCCUGAUUUGGGAGUAAUUUUCUUCGAGACUCGGAGCAAAAAUGGAAAAUUUAAGGGGACAAAGGAGAAGGACAAAUAUGAUGAAAUUGUUGAAACAAUUCAAUCUAAUCCAUCUCUCAGUAACCUUGAACUUGCUGAAAAAUGUUUCGGGCCACAACAGCAUGGAAUUGUUUAUGGUUAUGGAGGUGGUGUGAAACGGAAAACAUUUCACGACUGGAAAUCUUCUUACACCAAGGAACUCGAGGAAAAACUUUCUGCAAAAGAUGAAGAAAAUCGUCUGCUUAGGAAACGAGUGGAUAGACUUGAAGAAAGGUUCGAUCAAUGGGAGAGAAGUGGUUUACCAUCAGAAUAAAGCCCACAUUUUUGCUGGUAUAACUUGUUGAUUCUUAAUAUAUUCUUGUGAAAGCCAAUAGUUCUCUCAGUUCUUUGCUUUUGUCUAGUUAAUUAUUAACUUAAAUUCUCUUUUCGCAGAAUAAAUUUCUUCAUUUGCCAUCCAA